AUGACGGCUGGCGGCGAAAGCAGUCCUAUCGCCGUGAGGGAGAUGAAGAGCGCUGUUGAUUGCGUUGUGAGCAGCUUUAUUCAUAGGCUGGAUCCUGUAUAUUUUGCAGCUACGGAUCCCUCGUUCUCGCCUGACUCUGCGGCCGUUCGCGUCGGUCCGCUUCUGCUAUUGCAAUCCGCUGUGACUGCUUGCUUGACUGUUUUUGUUUCUGUUGUCGAUAGCCAGGUUUUUGAUAUCCUCUUCAUCUAUCUGUUUCUGUUCCGGCUCUACUUCACCUCUGUGAUUCCAUACCUCUCCACCCAGCUCCAGCUCGUGUACUACAACCACGUCGUACCCGCGCUCGAAGAAUCAGCAAGAGAAGAGUAUCUCCCUUAUCCACGGUACAUCGUCGUCGAGCCAGGCCGGCUCCGGUUUCUAGUCCAGACACUGAAAGAAGGGCUGUCGAUGCCGCUUCCGCGUCUGCCGGCAUGGGUUGCGUCGCAGGUCGGGCUGGGGAUCGCAAACACGCUGAUUGUGGGGUACAGGUCUUAUGAGCGGAUGCAUUAUAUACUGACGGUGAAGGUGAGAAAAGCUACGGAGGCGGCGUUUGCGCCGUUGAGGUCGAGUCGAGCACGCGGACCGGGCGGAGAGUUGGACGUGAUUGACGUCGCGGCCGCGAGCGCGAUGACGGGUCCGCGGGUUCGAAUCCAGGCUGAUGGUGAUCGUCAUGGGGGUACGACGACAGCUACGAGCUCUUCUGCGGCGGACACGAGUAUGAAUGAAUCCCGCCGUACGUCAGCGACGACUGUGUCUGUGACGGAAAUGUCGUCGGUGAAUCAAGCGUUGAUCACGGUGCCGAACCGGCCUUCGCGGAGAGAGAUCGUGACGCAGGUGAAUGCGCUCUUGCAGAGCCCUGGAGUUGCGGUAUAUUUCCUCAAACCGGAGCCGAAGACGGAUCGGAGGAUAAUUCACGUAUACAACAACCAAGGCGAGAAGGUAUAUGCGUUUCUGCGGCCCGCCGCGCGAUCGCAGACGUGGACGCUCGUGUACGCGGAUGCGGAGCAGGGCACGCGGGAUCUAGCUACGAUCUACGCGGGCAAGAAGGACGGCGUGGGCGCGGGCUCGGGGAUCAUUGCCGCGCGGGCCCGGCCGGGGAAAUACGUGCUGUUUAAUAACGCGAACGGCGGGCUUACGUACCGCAAGGUGUCGCAGCAGUGGACGCCGGAGGAAGGCACGCUGCGCACGUUUUAUCUCGCGGGCACGUCGCCGUAUCACUGGACAAAAGCCGGGUUCUUGCAUCGGGCGGUGAUUCGGGAUUCGGAGUUCUUUUUGACGGAUCCCGAGGUUGGAUCGCCGGCGGAGAUACACUCGGGACGGACGGCGAUGGGCACGGCGUGGGGAGGGAUCGCGCGGUCUCCGCCUGCGUACACGCCGUCGCGGGACGCGCUUGCGAGGCUGGGACGGAGUAGGGAGAGCAAUGUGCACGGGGGAGCAGCGCGCGCGAACGAGGUGCUUGAUACGGUGCAUAGGGCGUGGGCGCAGUCCGGCGGAUCAGCGAGAGAGACGGCGGCGGUGGAUAGUGAGCACGCGGGGGAGAGACGGGCGAAGGUCGAGCAUGAGACGAUUGCGCACGCGUGCAAGAUUGCGAGAGGGAUGGUGUGGCGGGUUGCGAUUGAUACGGCAAAGAUCAAUCCCGAGGUUGCGCUUGCUACGGCGUGGAUCAGUGUUUUGCAUCAGUGGGGGUCGGGGGUGCAGAUUGGAGGGGUGAAGUUGCCCGAGGGGGUGUAGAGAGAGUUGAGGAGUGAGAUGGCAUUAGAUUGAGUAUGGUGGAGUGCUUGUUGCUUGCGGAUUUAGUUUCUCUUGCUCAUUGUCGGUGUCUACAGCCGAUGAUGGUGGCCUGGAUAGUGAAUAAUACAGAUCGACAGUCAAGUAGAGUAAGAUAUUGCAAUAAGCAGGAAGAGUGAGCAAAUUAGUAUGAGAAGAUCUGAUACUGGUGCGGCUCCGGGUAUGACAGGGCAAGGGCAAUCAGAUAAGGCGGGUUGGAAGGCUGACCCGGGAAGUGGCGCCACGCGGGUCGCAUUCCAGAGGCAGCUGACCGGUGGCCGACCGGGCGGAGUGAGCAGCGGGCGGGGAGGGGAGGGUGAAGAAGAGAAAGUGGUAGAUAGCAGUAUUAAAGAGGACUACUGGAAGACAGACAAUGCGUAGAUAGCAGGAAAUAGACGGGAAGCUGUGGGGAUGGCG